AUGCCCAAUUCCACUUUCCCUGCAGUCAUUUCGUUUGCAGACAAGAAAAACUCUACCCCAGUCAUCACUGCAAAGUUUGGAGAUGAAAACGAUGAAGAUUUCGGGGUUCGCAUGGCCAAUGCCGUUGAAGUGCAAGAAGUAGAUGUAAAUCUAUAUAUGAGUAAAGAGCUUUGGUUGCCUGCGGGUGCUCGUGGUGCCUUUGGCGGACAGAUUGUCGCCCAAGCUUUGAGGGCCGCAUUUUACACUGUAGGAGAGGAAUUCGAUAUUCACUCAUUGCACAGCUACUUUAUUUUACCAGGGAACGUCGAAGUGCCUGUCAUCUAUCAAGUAUCCCGACUCCGAGAUGGCAGAUCUUUUGCUACUCGAUUUGUCACUGCAUCUCAAAGAGGCAAGGCCAUCUUUGUCAGUAGUUUUAGUUUCACCAAGCCAGAUACUAGCAUUCAAGUAACUCACCAGACAGAGAUGCCCAAGGUGCCUGAGCCAGAGUCUCUUCCUUCGGAUGUUGAGUUGUUACAGAAAGCUUUGGAACAACCUGAUCUGCUUCCUAAAUACCGUGAACACAUCAAACUCCGUAUCGAGGAGAGUUCUCCUGUGGACUACCGUGAGAUCACUAUUCCUCAACCCACAUUUGAAGCACGUCGUUGGUUCAAGACAAGAGGACCUCUUGGGUCAGACAAGAGAUUGCAUGCUUGUGUGAUUGCUUAUGCAUCGGAUAGUGGAUUUGUGGGUACGGCAGCCAAGGCAAAUAAUGUGCCUGCCAGAGGUAUUAGCAUGCUUGCUAGUUUGGACCAUUCCAUGUGGUUCCAUUAUCCUGCCAGAGCGGAUGAAUGGUUGCUUUAUGACAUGCACAGUCCUCGUAGCAAUAGCGGUCGUGGUAUGGCAUUUGGUAGAAUCUACAGCAGAGAUGGUACAUUGAUUGCUACCACUGCGCAAGAAGGACUUAUUCGAUUAUCUAAGUAUGAGCAAGAUAAGAUUAAGAAUUCGAUACCCGGCAAUGGCAAUACCAGCAAAUUGUAG